AUGAUCAAUGAUGAUGAUAAUAAUGACGAUGACGAUGAUAAUAAUGAUGAUAGUGACAAGGUCAGUGAUAAGAUAAUAGUCUCACUUGGCCUUUUCAAAUUGACUAAGACAUUUUUUUGAAUGCAUUAACAAGUUUGUACAAUUUUCACUGUCUAGCGAUUGCUCGUUUGGUACAUUUGAAAUUUUUGUUGCUAGCUCCGUGGUGUCCUGGAUAUUUUUUUGUUUCCAAUUUGUUAAGUAUACUAAAUAAAUGCCCUAUUCUAAUCAAAAUGAUAUCAACCCACCAGAAGUCGGAGACAAUGCUUUGCUGUAGUCUGAUCAUGCGGAAAAAUAAAAACAUAUUAAAAUAGCUAGUCAUUUCCUAAAGAAAUGGACCCAAAACUAGAAUAAGUCAUAAAUUGGAGAAAGAAAGCAGAAAUAUAGUUGUGCUUCCCAAAAAGGUAUCUCCUAUUGGGAGCAGGACAGCAAAUGUUUCGGUAUGUAUACACCCAGAGAUAUUGGUGUUUCAAGAAGAUCCGUCGGCCCGCUAUCGCCUGCUUUGUUCAUUUGAUCUUACAAUCCGAAAAUGCCUUGCACAGAAUAAGUAGAGUUUAUCAUAUCUUCACGCAUAUUUUAAAUUCCGGAGGUAUUAAUUAAAAGGUCUCGAAUUCUGGAGCAUUCUGUGCAGCAGCAAUUUUUUCCAAUCACCACCCAAGGACAGGUAUAACCUAAUUAGCAGAAACUUUUGUUGUAAAGAAAGACAAACAAAGCCAUUUCUGGAGAAAGUCUCAAAUGGCCGAAAGAAAACAUGGCGACCAGUUACAGUAAGGCGAUAGUUGUUUGGAAUCAACAACACUAUCCAAAGUUCAACGUUUGGGUGUGGGCGUCAAUAUUCAAUUACCGAAUUUACCACGGCUUUUCCACACGAAAAUAUAUGUAUGUACAUACAAGUUAAAGAAUCAAAGAUGACGCAUCGACUCUGUGUGACUCCGAGUAUCGCGCCGAAGCGCUCGUCAGACAGAACUUUCUAUAUAUAUAUAUUUGAAGAAUUUGUAUUCAAUUACCGAAUUUAUUACGGCUUUUCCACACGAAUAUAUGUAUGUAUAUAUAUAUAUAUAUAUAUAUAUAUAUAUAUAUAUAUAUAUCGAGAGAAAACAUUAAAAUUUCUAAAUAAUUGAGUGCAUUGUUUCUUGUUUGAAAAGUCAAAAAAUAAUAUAAUUUAUCUUGUGUUCAUCUCAAAACUAUAUAACCACGGAAACUUUUGUUGUAAAGAAAAGUUCAACGUUUGGGUGUGGGCGUCCUAUAAGUAAGUCAAUAUUCUGUAAAAAAAUGCAUCGACUAAGGAUUUUUGAAGAAUUUGUAUUCAAUUACCGAAUUUACCACGGCUUUUCCACACGAAAAUAUAUGUAUGUACAUACAAGUUAAAGAAUCAAAGAUGACGCAUCGACUCUGUGUGACUCCGAGUAUCGCGCCGAAGCGCUCGUCAGACAGAACUUUCUAUAUAUAUAUAUUUGAAGAAUUUGUAUUCAAUUACCGAAUUUAUUACGGCUUUUCCACACGAAUAUAUGUAUGUAUAUAUAUAUAUAUAUAUAUAUCGAGAGAAAACAUUAAAAUUUCUAAAUAAUUGAGUGCAUUGUUUCUUGUUUGAAAAGUCAAAAAAUAAUAUAAUUUAUCUUGUGUUCAUCUCAAAACUAUAUAACCACGGCAUAGGCUUCUGUAAAUAUUGUAAAUUGUGAUCAGCUCACCUUUGGGCGAUGGUGUUGUUGGCGGAUCUGGUAAAAAAAUAAAAGGGAGAGAAAAUUAAUACCGUUUGGUUUCCUAAAAUUAGAAUGUGGCUAUCUUUUUUAAAAAAAAUGAAGAACUACUGUCACCUUAUCCUUUAUUUUUAAGCGACAGGAGUUUUUUCGCUCAUCCCCGUUGUUUACUUUGGGGUCACAGUAACAAUGACUACGACAUGACGAUGACAAUAACAUGAACAAUGAUAAUUAUAAUGAUGACGAUGAUGAUGAUGAUGAUGAUGAUAAUUUAUUCUAAGUGAAUGAGUGUAUUAUUGCUUGUUUGAAAAGUCAAAAUAUGUAAAAAUGUCUCGCGUGUUCAUUUCAAAACUAAUUAACUACAAUAUAGACUUCUGUAAAUAUUGUAAAUUGUGAUCAGCUCACCUUUGAGCGGGGUUGGUGUAAUCAGAUCUAGAAGAAAAAAAAAAAAAUGGGGGAAAUUAAUACCGUUUGAUUUCCUAACAUCAGAAUGCGGCUUUCUUUUCACAAAAUGAAGAGCUGCUGUGACCUUAUUCUUUAUUUUAAAGCGGCAGGAAUUUUCUUGCACAUCCCGUUGUUUCUUGUGGGUCACAAUAACAAUGACCAUGACGAUGAUAACGAAAUGAUCAAUGAUGAUGAUAAUAAUGACGAUGACGAUGAUAAUAAUGAUGAUAGUGAC